AUUGAAUUGAGAGAGAGAGAAUAAAGUUUUCGAACAUCAGCAAGCAGAAAGAGGGGAGGGGAAAGAAGUUGGACAUGAUCACUCUGGCAGUAACUUUUUCUUUCCCCUGGUAGGAAGGCUACAGCAGAAAAAGUAUUGAAGGGAGAGAACAGUGUGGAUUACAACGGGACAGCAGCAAAUGUUUUUGUUACCUGCCUCGGCAGCAUAUAGGCUACUGUAGAUUUUGGAUUAAUGUUGUCGUAACUGCAGAGAUCUAACUAUAGCUGUAGCAGUUGAGGUGUGUGUGUAUCCAGAGGAGUACGUCAUGAGGAAUCUCCGCUUCCUGGUUCUGCUCACCCUCAGCCUCUGGUCAUGUGACCUGGGAGCAUCAUCCAAAGAAGUACAAUGCCCUUCCCAACAGGUAGAUGACUGGAAGUUCCCUCAGACGGCCAGACACAACAUCACAGGUUUCAAUCUGGUGCAGCGCUUCUCCCUGCUCAAGACAGCAGCGGUCAGGAAGAUCCGUAACCCCCGAGGACCCGUUAUCCUCCGACUGGGCAAGACAGCACUCAUCCACCCCACAGAUCAGGUGUUCCCCCAUGGUCUUCCUGAUGAGUUCACGCUGGUCUUUACUUUGCUCCUCAAGAAGAAAACACUGAGAGACAACAUCUACCUCUUCCAGAUCUCUGAUGAACAGGGAUACCCACAGUUCUCUCUUGACCUGAAUGGCCCUGAGGCCACCCUGUCCCUGCGUGCGCGGGGGGCCAACCCCCUGAGUGACCCAGUUGGGUGUUUGUUCAGUGGGGAGGGCGUUGAGUCUCUCCUGGACAGUGGCUGGCACAAACUGUCCCUCAGCGUCCAACAGGGAGCAGCCUCUCUACACGUGGACUGCAGCUCCAUCCAGACCAUGCCCCUGGAGCCCCGGGGAGAGCUACCCACCAAAGGACACACCUUGCUGGGCAUCAGAGCCACUGAUGCUGCCCCUGUGGAGAUGGACAUUCAGCAGGUGAUGGUGUACUGUGACGCCUCCCUGGCCAGUCAGGAGGCCUGCUGUGAGAUACCUGGUGCUCGGUGCCCCCCUGGUGCCCUCAAGAGUCGCCGUGCUGCCGAAAACGAGCUGGAGCAGCAGGUCCUUGCCUUUAAUCAGGAGAUCCUUGGAUCCCAGGGCCUGGCAGAGGAAUUGGCUUCAGUUGGACACGCUGGACAGCACGGAAUGAAGGGAGAGAAGGGAGAUCGGGGUUCAGACUGCAGUGACUCUGGAUCUGGUACAUGCAAAGAGGGACGGAUGGGACAGAAGGGGGAGAAAGGCGAGUCUGUGCUGCCCGCUAACUGGGGAGAAGCUGUCGGACACAAGGGAGAUAAAGGACAGAAGGGAGAUAUUGGUCUCCAGGGACUAUCUGGAACCCCAGGAAAGGAUGGUCGGGCUGGAUCCAUCUGUGUGGUGGGACCCAAGGGACAGAAGGGUACCUCUGGAAAGUUGGGGCCUGAAGGACUAGCAGGAGAACCGGGAAAACCCGGACUUCCAGGAAUGCCAGGAAUUGGAGAACCAGGCCUGCCAGGCCUGCCAGGCACUCCUGGAGGACCUCCUGGAUCAAAGGGAGACAAGGGUCAUUCUGGGACACCAGGGAAAGAUGGAGAACCAGGAGAUCCUGGUCCUAGGGGUCCUGGUGGUGGUAAAGGAGAUAAGGGUGACCCAUGUGAGGUGUGUCCCGUCCUGUCUGCAGACCUGGGCAACACUGUGGCCCUCCACGGGAACACGGGGCCCAAGGGAGAGCCUGGGGUCCCUGGGAUAGGAGAUCCUGGCCUCCCGGGUCUUCAAGGAGCAGAUGGGAAGGCAGGAGAGAAGGGAGGGGUGGGGUCUGAUGGUGUCAAAGGGGAAAAGGGUGAUGCAUGUGCUGUGUGCCCCACCCUGAGUGAAAUACCUGCUGCCAACCUUGUUGCCAUGGAACAAACCCUGAAACACAAAGGAGAGAGAGGAAAACCUGGGCUGGGACAGAAGGGAGAACAGGGGGAACCGGGAGUCAGUGGCCUGGCAGGGCUGAGAGGAGAGAAGGGUAACACUGGUGGCAAAGGAGCUGACGGUAAAACGGGCAAAGCUGGACCCAGAGGACCUAGUGGCAAGGAUGGACUGAAGGGGAUACAGGGAGAUCCAGGGAUUCCUGGUCUAGGAACUGCAGGCCCUAAAGGAGAGAAGGGUGCGUCGUGUGGGGUGUGCCAGUCUUCUCCCUCUGAGGUGGGCAGUGGGACGUCCUCCGUCAAGGUGCUAGCGGGUGAAACUGGCCCUCCAGGGCCCGCCGGGCCUGCAGGAGAGGGCACCGACGGCAAACAGGGUGUGCCAGGUCGUGAUGGUCUAAGGGGAGAGAAGGGCGACCAGGGUGAGCAGGGAGACCAAGGAUUAGCCGGCACCCAUGGAACCCAGGGCCUGCCUGGAGAGCCUGGUCGGGAUGGACUAACUGGACUGAAGGGAGAGAAGGGAGAUGCGUGUGAGAGCUGUGCGCCUGUCUCUGGACGGCAGAUGGGUGUAGGAGAGGUGCAGGGAGCCAAGGGAGAGAGGGGCAACCCGGGACCCCCAGGAGAGGGGAAAGCAGGGAAACAUGGCAAACCAGGUCUUCCCGGUGUCCAAGGGCCUAUAGGACCAAAAGGAAGCCAGGGUGACCCAGGAGUUGAAGGGGUGGGCAUCCCAGGCCAUCAGGGAGCAGAAGGACCCAGAGGCCUACCAGGGGUGGCAGGUCCUCAGGGAAUUAGAGGACUUACUGGACCAGUUGGGCCUGCUGGGGACAUGGGUCCUAGAGGAGAGGAGGGGCCUCCAGGGCCACAGGGGCCCAUGGGUGUAGGUGUUACAGGACCCCAGGGUAAAGACGGCAAAGGUGGAUCCAAUGGAAUCCCAGGAGCUGAUGGAAGAGAUGGAACUGACGGAGCCAAGGGGGACAAGGGUGAACCUGGAGACUGUAACUGUAUCAGCCCUCCAUACGCAGGAACAGGUGGACCGGGAGCACCAGGAACUAUGGGAGGAAACACGUGGCAGGGGGCUCCGGGACAACCAGGUCCUCCUGGUCCUCCUGGGCCACAGGGCUUCAUCGGCAUCACAGGACCCCAGGGUAACCCUGGCAACGACGGGGUACCAGGGCAGCCGGGUCUGCCUGGGAGAACUCAUCUGAGGCUGCCUCAGGAUGAGGACCCCAGUCGAGGAGAUGGAAAGAAGGUGUGUGAGGACUGCUCCAAGGGCUUGCCAGGGGUACCAGGCAUGGCGGGCACCAAGGGAGAGAAAGGAGACGAGGGCAAGACUGGCAUAGGCCAUGCUUCCGACGGCUGUGAGAGGUGUUUCCUAAACCAAAGGCUGCAGGGGGAGGAGGCUGCACAGGCUCCUACCACCACCAACACCGAUGGAGCUAAUGGAGGCUGCUCCGGACCAGGAACACCAGGCCACCCAGGAAUACCAGGAGCACCUGGAAUAACGGGAGAGACGGGUCCUCAGGGGCAAAGGGGACAGGCUGGAGUACCAGGAAAUAUGGGUCCUCCUGGUUUUCCUGGUCCUCAAGGCUCAUCUGGACUUACUGGUCAGCAGGGUGAGAGAGGAACAGCAGGACCACCAGGUGUGAAGGGUGAAACGGGCCCUCCAGGGACUAAUGGAUACCCAGGUUCUAUGGGACCACCUGGGCUUCCUGGCCUGAAGGGCGAGAGAGGGACACCAGGCGGUGUGGGAACGAAGGGAGAAUCGGGUCCACCAGGCAACCCAGGAUACCAGGGAAAGGCUGGAGUAGCGGGACCCAAAGGAGAGGCUGGACUGGCAGGUUCCGAUGGACCGAAGGGAGAUCAGGGCUCCCAAGGGCAACCAGGAUUCCCAGGAACACCGGGCCCCCCUGGUCCCCCUGGGAAACAAGGAAGAGAAGGACCAUCUGGACCCAAGGCUGACAAGGGUAAUGAUGGACCACAAGGUCCGCAGGGCUCGUCUGGACCUCCAGGUUCUUCUGGGUCUCCUGGCUUGCAGGGACCUCCUGGAUUUGAGGGAUUGGACGGUAAAGAUGGGAAACCAGGAAUGAGGGGUGAGCCAGGGAUUCCAGGGACGGUAGGACCCAGAGGAAUCCCGGGUUUCAAAGGGAAGCAUGGACAUGUUGGCUUCCCGGGACAGAAGGGUGAUGCUGGACCUGUAGGCCCACCGGGGACAGCUGGUAGACCAGGACUUGAAGGUGACGCCGGAGCCCCAGGGCCUCAGGGUCGACCCGGUCCCCCAGGACAGCUUGGUUCUGCAGGAGCAGCGGGGCCCCCAGGACCGGCAGGCCCAGCAGGAGUGGGUAUAAAGGGGUUGCAUGGGGACGAGUUGAACCUUAUCACUGUUUUCUCUCCUUCUUCCUCGUUCUCUCAGGGAGAACCAGGCAAUGAUGGAGCUGCGGGUAAAGACGGAUCACCUGGUCUGCCAGGAGACAAUGGACAAUGUGGUCAAAAGGGUGAAGCAGGUACUCCAGGUCAGAGAGGCGCCUCUGGGGAGCGAGGUCGCCCGGGACCCCCUGGUGGAGGUGGGUACUCCUCCAAGGCUGAUGCCCCAAUGAUGGGCCAAGUGGGACCCAGGGGAGAGAGGGGCACCCCAGGCUCACCAGGCACUGCAGGGUCCCCCGGACCUCCAGGAAUACCAGGCAAUGAUCCUGUGGUCAACUAUGACAACAUCAAGGACUUCAUUCGCCAGCAAGUCAUCAAGAUCUUUGAUGAGAGGAUGACCUACUUCAUGUCUCGUAUGCAGCAGCCACAAGAGGUGUCAUCUCCCGGUCGUCCUGGACCCCCAGGGAAGGAUGGUAACCCAGGCAGAAAUGGGAGUCCAGGAGCCCCAGGUCAGCCAGGACAGAUAGGUAGAGAGGGCCGCCAUGGACCCUUGGGACCACAGGGUCCACGAGGUCUAAAAGGAGAGAAAGGUGACAAGGGUGUAGGGGAGAUGGGUGACAGUGGACCCCCAGGAGCACCAGGUGUUCCAGGCCCCCCUGGCUAUGGUAAGAUGGGCCCCAGCGGCCCCGUGGGUCAGCAGGGGAUCCCUGGAGUCUCAGGAACCCCUGGACAGCCGGGUCAGAAGGGCAGGGAGGGCCGGUGUAACCCCUCUGACUGUAUGAGCCAACCAAUAGAGUGGAACCCUAAGGGCCCUCCCAUCAAGGGCCCCUACUAGAGAGAAAGUAUUAAAGAGGAGAAGAGGGGAGAUAGGAGAAACCAACCCAAAGACCAGAAGACACUAGAGAAAGGAGAGGAGGGGAGAUAGAAGAAACCAACCCAAAGACCAGAAGACACUAGAGAAAGGAGAGGAGGGGAGAUAGGAGAAACCAACCCAAAGACCAGAAGACACUAGAGAAAGGAGAGGAGGGGAGAUAGAAGAAACCAACACAAAGACCAGAAGACACUAGAGAAAGGAGAGGAGGGGAGAUAGAAGAAACCAACACAAAGACCAGAAGACACUAGAGAAAGGAGAGGAGGGGAGAUAGGAGAAACCAACCCAAAGACCAGAAGACACUAGAGAAAGGAGAGGAGGGGAGAUAGGAGAAACCAACCCAAAGACCAGAAGACACUAGAGAAAGGAGAGGAGGGGAGAUAGGAGAAACCAACCCAAAGACCAGAAGACACUAGAGAAAGGAGAGGAGGGGAGAUAGAAGAAACCAACCCAAAGACCAGAAGACACUAGAGAAAGGAGAGGAGGGGAGAUAGGAGAAACCAACCCAAAGACCAGAAGACACUAGAGAAAGGAGAGGAGGGGAGAUAGAAGAAACCAACCCAAAGACCAGAAGACACUAGAGAAAGGAGAGGAGGGGAGAUAGAAGAAACCAACCCAAAGACCAGAAGACACUAGAGAAAGGAGAGGAGGGGAGAUAGAAGAAACCAACCCAAAGACCAGAAGACACUAGAGAAAGGAGAGGAGGGGAGAUAGAAGAAACCAACCCAAAGACCAGAAGACACUAGAGAAAGGAGAGGAGGGGAGAUAGAAGAAACCAACCCAAAGACCAGAAGACACUAGAGAAAGGAGAGGAGGGGAGAUAGAAGAAACCAACACAAAGACCAGAAGACACUAGAGAAAGGAGAGGAGGGGAGAUAGGAGAAACCAACCCAAAGACCAGAAGACACUAGAGAAAGGAGAGGAGGGGAGAUAGGAGAAACCAACCCAAAGACCAGAAGACACUAGAGAAAGGAGAGGAGGGGAGAUAGAAGAAACCAACCCAAAGACCAGAAGACACUAGAGAAAGGAGAGGAGGGGAGAUAGAAGAAACCAACCCAAAGACCAGAAGACACUAGAGAAAGGAGAGGAGGGGAGAUAGAAGAAACCAACCCAAAGACCAGAAGACACUAGAGAAAGGAGAGGAGGGGAGAUAGGAGAAACCAACCCAAAGACCAGAAGACACUAGAGAAAGGAGAGGAGGGGAGAUAGGAGAAACCAACCCAAAGACCAGAAGACACUAGAGAAAGGAGAGGAGGGGAGAUAGAAAAAACCAACCCAAAGACCAGAAGACACUAGAAAAAGGAGAGGAGGAGUGAUAGAAGAAACCAACCCAGAGACCAGAAGACACCAGAGAAAGGAGAGGAGGGGAGAUAGAAGAAACCAACCCAAAGACCAGAAGACACUAGAGAAAGGAGAGGAGGGGAGAUAGGAGAAACCAACCCAAAGACCAGAAGACACUAGAGAAAGGAGAGGAGGGGAGAUAGAAGAAACCAACACAAAGACCAGAAGACACUAGAGAAAGGAGAGGAGGGGAGAUAGAAGAAACCAACACAAAGACCAGAAGACACUAGAGAAAGGAGAGGAGGGAGAUAGAAGAAACCAACACAAAGACCAGAAGACACUAGAGAAAGGAGAGGAGGGGAGAUAGAAGAAACCAACACAAAGACCAGAAGACACUAGAGAAAGGAGAGGAGGGGAGAUAGAAGAAACCAACACAAAGACCAGAAGACACUAGAGAAAGGAGAGGAGGGGAGAUAGAAGAAACCAACACAAAGACCAGAAGACACUAGAGAAAGGAGAGGAGGGGAGAUAGAAGAAACCAACACAAAGACCAGAAGACACUAGAGAAAGGAGAGGAGGGGAGAUAGAAGAAACCAACACAAAGACCAGAAGACACUAGAGAAAGGAGAGGAGGGGAGAUAGAAGAAACCAACACAAAGACCAGAAGACACUAGAGAAAGGAGAGGAGGGGAGAUAGAAGAAACCAACACAAAGACCAGAAGACACUAGAGAAAGGAGAGGAGGGGAGAUAGAAGAAACCAACACAAAGACCAGAAGACACUAGAGAAAGGAGAGGAGGGGAGAAGAGAGAACAGAUCAAACAGAAGACCAGAGCUACCGUCCGAUCAACAGAAAUCAUCCCAGGAGAACAAAUUAAUACUGAAGCACCAAUAGUUGGUGUGGAGGACCCAUCCCUAAUUCAUCAAAGUGUUUGCCAGUUAGCUGUCCUUCUCACCGCCUGUUAUUAUAAAGUAUAUAUGUGUAGGACCUUCCUCUAACUGAUGCCUUGGUACUGGCUGAAGUGGCUUCAAUAAAGGAGAUUGGACUCUGUGCUCUCCUCUCUUUCAUAUAUUUUCCCAACUUUAGCUGCCAGCUCUUUCUAUAUGUUAGACAUGUUUAUGUUGACAAUAACAGCAAGAGCAUAUCCAGCCUUUGAGAAACGACCUGCAAAUUCUUCCUCUUCUUCACAAUCAUCCUCAUCUUCAUUCUGAUUAUAAAAUGUGUCCAUUGGGAGUAUUAGGCAGCUACCUUGUGAUAUUCUGCUUCGAUCUAGCUUCUGUCUAGCCAUAGAAACAAAAUGAAUAGAAUUGACAUGGCACUCCCAUUUCAAAUGCCCAUUCUAAUCGUUCUAUCUCUUUGUACAUUUUGUUUGAUUUCUAUGCUUGAAUAUACUCCCUCAUCACUUGAAUGACGUCUAAUGCUUUAACAGAUCUGCACGCUUUGUCCUCAAAUCAUGGCCUUAUGAGAAGUUCUCACCUUCUCUUCCCUGUUUGCGUGAGAAGAACAUAAUGUACACCUCCCAAGAGUGCCUGUUUUGUACAUAUUUCUAUUUAUAUGUAGUAUCUUUUUAUACCUUUUGUAUUUUGUAUUUGGCGUCAACAUGGCUAAUUAACCGUGUUUUCACUAUGGUCAACUGUCAGGAAUCCACUAUGAGUGUGGUUUUUAUAAGAGUUAUUUGUUCAUAAAAUAUACAAGAAAUUGGAGAGAAAUUAUAUUUUUAUGUGAAAGUAAAUUGGAUUUCUAUAUGGUGGUAUAAUUAUGCUUUGGAAGAUAUUUUCAUGCUUGCCUUUGUAUAAAGUACAUGGCAUCAUUUUCAAAACUGCCUCAAAACUGGCAACAACAAAAAAAUUCUAGUUAUGUAGCAAUUUAUCAACAAGUCUCUUACAUUAUCAAGCUUAUUUUUGACAACAGAGCAACUGUAAAGGGAUAUUUGUUUCUCGUCCAGCACACCACUGGUUACUGUAACUAAAAUAGGGUUGCACAAUUCAGGUAACUUUCCAAAAGUUCCCAGGGUUUUCAGAAAUCCUUGUUUGGAAGAGGGAGGGGAUAAGCAGAACAUUCGGAAUCCUCCAACCAGGAUUUAUGGAAAACUGGGGACUUUGGGCAAGUUGCCGUCAUUUGGCCAUGCUUUACGGAAAUAGAUGUUUUAUGACCACCUCUCAUAGGAGAGGCUGUUUAGCAUCUUCACCCAAACCUUCGCUGGCAUCGCUGUGCCAAUCAGCUUCCCCUCGUAUCCAUUUCUGAGUACAACUUGUAUGUCUCCUGCCUUGUAUGUUGUGUUGUUUUGAAUGUUUGCAGCUUUACUUGUCAUCUAUACACUACAGGCCAGGGUGUCAGUAAGGGUGUCAGUAAGGGUGUCAGUAAGGGAUUUGUCACCAUGUUUAGAUUCAUAUGGAUGUUCUGAGUUGUUAUUGGAAGGGCCAUGAGGUUUUCCUGAUGUUUUCACUGUCCGUAGUGAUUUCUGGUCAGGAAAAUCUACUGACCCUAGUUAUACAGAACAACCACCCCAAUAGUUCUCCCCUCUUCAUUCCUAGCUUUCAAAAACAUCUUGUUGAAACAACACCACUGUUCCCCUGCUACUCUCAGUAUAUCUGUUGUGUGUUUUAUGUUGGCAUCACUUCUUGUAAAGAGAUGUUUUUUUUUAUGAAAACGUUUCAGAAAGAGUUAAUAAAAUGUUUUAAGCAGA